AUGGCGUCGCAACUCGACUUGAUCGUUCUCGGUCUCGGCGGCUUGCUUGCCGCCCUCUACCUCUUCCGUGACACGCUCUUUGGCGGUGCCAAGGAUACCGGAUCAAAGCUCGCCAACGGUGGACCUAUCACUGCCAGUGAGGAAGGCGGCGCCGACUUCAUCUCUAAACUCACAUCCCAGAACAAGCGCAUCGCCAUCUUCUACGGCUCCCAGACAGGUACCGCCGAAGAGUAUGCCACAAAGCUCGCCAAAGAGGCCAAAGCCCGUUUCGGCACCUCUUCUCUCGUCCUCGAUCCCGAAGAGUACGAGUUCGAAAAGCUCGACCAGAUGCCCGAAGACACUGUCGCCGUCUUUGUCAUGGCCACCUACGGUGAAGGUGAGCCCACCGACAACGCCGUCGGCCUCAUGGAGUUCAUCGAAAACGAGACGCCCGAGUUCUCUAACGGCAGCGAGCGCCUCGAGAACCUCAACUACGUCAUCUUUGGCCUUGGAAACCGAACCUACGAACACUUCAACGCCGUCGCCCGCAAGCUCGAUGCCCGUCUUCAGUCCCUGGGAGCCAAGCGCAUCGGCGAGCGAGGCGAAGGCGACGACGACAAGAGCAUGGAGGAAGACUACUUGGCCUGGAAGGACUCCAUGUUUGAGGCGCUCGCCACCUCGCUCAACUUUGAAGAGGGCGGCGGAGGCGAUGUGGCCGAUUUCAAGGUCACCGAGCUCGCCAACCACCCCGAAGACAAGGUCUACCACGGCGAGCUCUCGGCGCGUGCCCUCCUCGGCACCAAGGGCAUCCACGAUGCAAAGAACCCCUACAACGCUGUCGUCACCCAAGCUCGCGAGCUCUUUGUAGAAGGCACCGCCGAUCGUACCUGCGUUCACGUCGAAUUCGACAUCGAAGGCUCCGGCAUCUCGUACCAGCACGGCGACCACGUUGCUGUCUGGGCUCACAACCCCGAGCAGGAGGUCGGCCGUGUCCUCGCUGUCUUUGGCCUCCUCGACAAGCGCACCACUGUGAUUGAUGUCGAGUCGCUCGACCCCACCCUCGCAAAGGUUCCCUUCCCUGUCCCCACCACCUACGAAGCCGUCUUCCGACACUACAUCGAUAUCACCAGCCACGCCUCCCGACAGACGCUCAACAGUUUCGCCAAGUUUGCGCCCUCGCCCGAGAUCCAGGCCAAGCUCGAAAAGAUCUGCGCCAACAAGGACAUCUUCCAGGCAGAGAUCGGCAGCCGAUUGCUCAAGACCGCCGAAGCCUUGCAGUGGAUCGCAGGCGACGACCUGCAGGCCGACGUCAGCUCCAUCAAGCCGUGGAACGUCCCCUUCGACCGAGUCAUCUCGGAUCUUCCGCGCGUCGGUCCUCGCUUCUACUCGAUCUCGUCCAGCCCCAAGAUGCACCCCAAGUCGGUGCACAUCACGGCUGUCGUCCUCCGCUACCAGGCCAACAAGUCGGGCCCUUGGGUGCACGGCCUGGCCACCAACUUUAUCAGCACCAUCAAGAUGGCCAAGAAUGGCGAGCAGCCUGGCGGCCCUACCGACCCGCGCUUUGGUACACCAAAGUAUCUGCUAGACGGCCCUCGAGGCGCCUACACCAAGGAGGGCGCGUUCCGUGCUCCCAUCCACAUCCGACGCUCCAACUUCCGCCUGCCAACUUCGCCCAAGAUUCCCGUCAUCAUGGUCGGACCCGGAACCGGUGUUGCCCCCUUCCGCUCAUUCGUGCAGGAUCGUGUCUGCAGCGCCGAAAAGGCGCUCGAGAAAGCCAACGGCAAGACCGCCGAGGAGGCACUCAAGGACUGGGGCAAUAUCUGGCUCUUCUACGGAUGCAGAAAGGCCGACGAGGACUUCCUCUACCGCGACGAAUGGCCACAGUACGCCCAGAAGCUCGGCGGCAAGUUCCUCAUGGAGACGUCGCUUUCCCGUGAAAAGUUCAAGCCUGACGGAUCCAAGCUGUAUGUGCAGGACUUGAUCUGGGAGCGACGCAAGCAGAUCGCCGAAGACAUUCUCGAGCGAAAGGCUUAUAUCUACAUUUGCGGUGAGGCCAAGGGCAUGGCGCAGGACGUCGAGGGCAUCUUUGCUAAGAUCUUAGAAGAUGCCAAGGGCUCGGCAGAGGAGGCCAAGAAGGAGAUGAAGCUGCUUAAGGAGCGAUCCAGGUUGCUUCUGGAUGUAUGGUCUUGA